UCUCAGACACACACACACACACACACACACAGCCUGCUGCACCAGCCUGCCAUCAUCAGCAUGUAGCCGAGGAUCUUUAUUACAUUAUCCACGCCGACAGCGAGUACCGCAUACAAAGGGAAGGCGUUUUGCGGCGUGCAUGUUUGUCUCGAGCAGGUAAGCGUUUCUCCGAGCUCACGAUCAGGAGGAAUGCACCUCACACUGCUGUAGUUUCUUCGCGGUUCGGAAGUCGAGUUGUCAACUCCUGACGACGGCUGUGAGUCAACGCUGCAGCAUUUCAUCAACGUAUUGCUAAACGCUUCUGUUUGCUGUUCAACUUGGUCAGGAUUAAAAUGCGCACAUUUGCUCAAUCACCAGGUUCCAGCAUUUGCGUGUGCAUCCAAGCUUGUGUGUGUGUGUGCGCGCGCGCGCGCGUGCAUUUGCUUAGAUAAGGAACAACAGCUUCCAAAAUCAUGAUCUAAACUUUCUUUUGAAUAUAAAUGAAUAUGCUAUAUGUAAAUAGAAAUCUAUAUAUUUAAACAACAACAGACUCGUAAAGGCAAAUGUAUAGAAGCAUGCAAGCUUCAUCAUGACACUAGGAUUUGAUCUCACCUUGCCUCAGGUUAAUACUAAGUGGUUACUUAUUAGAUUUAUAAGAAUAGCUCUCUUUAUAAUAUGCAGCUUGCUCUGACUGGUCUUUGUUUCUUUUCUAACUUCCUUAUUGCUACUGGAUACUUGGAUCAAUAAAUGAAUGUUUUGUAUUUACUUAAAAAUUAACUCUGAUCAUGGUUGCAACCUGGAAUCAAAUUCUGCUGAGGAUCACAUGGAAAAAAAAAUGUCUCGGUGCUGAAUGCAUGCUUUAUAUCUGAUUGCAAUAAAAAAAAAAAGAAUAUUUAUUUUGUUGAACAAGAUUGAACUUUUACUAAAUUGGGUAAUGUAUCUAAAUGAUAGAAUGGAGAUUACUUUAUAUUCGUUAAAAAUGUACUGUUUUCAUUAGUGUAUGUAAAUCAACAAACAGUUCUAUAAAGUCGAUCGAUUCAGCAAGAAAUAGAAAAGUGUGCAUGGAAACUUUUCUACUGUCUACAUUUUACAGACCAGUGGCAGCUUUUUUCCUCCUCAAUUACCUGAUCGUCUGCAUAAGCAACACCUGAAACUGACUCGUAAUUAGUCACUGUCAUGCCUACAGCGUAGAAUGAGUAGCUGUAAUUCAGAAUAUAUUUCCUUUGUACCAGCACUUCAACUACUAAUUCAAAUCUUCCUUAACACUCCUGUGCCAUUUUUUUUCCCCCUCUAACAAUAUUGAUCUGCAUGUACAGGUUUGCUCAUUAUUCUCAGAUUGGUCUUGCAAUUCUCUGGCGGGAUCAGAAACACACAAGGGAGGAUUGAUGUUGAUGUGAAAGGUUGAUAAAUGAAGACUUUGGCUUGUAUUGUGCUACACUGAUCAACAUUGCUUAAUCCAUGAUGGAGGAGAGCUCUGAUUGCUCUCCUGAAUCGUUGGCUAACAAUGAUCGUUAUGUGAUGGCCAAACACGCAGCCGUGUACCCAUCAGCUGAAGAGCUGGAGGCUGUCCAGUCUCUGGUUUCAGUGGUAGAGGGAGGACUUAAGUAUGUUUCCGAUUGGCUAAUCGAUUCCACCAAGACCAGUGCUUUCACAUCUACUGAACCUGCAGAACCCAACCCAAAGUGUGGAGGCCCACUGGUUGGCGUCAUGCGUGUUGGCUCUGUGGCUAAAGGCCUCCUCAUCAAGGGUCUGAUGGACAUAGAGCUGGUUUUGCUGUGCCGAGAUAAGCCUACGAAAAAUCUGCUUCUCACAAUCUGCACCAACCUGCCACUGCAGAUGAAGAAACUGUCAGAGGAUAAGCACACAGUGCAGCCCUGCAUUCCAGAGGCAGCUAUUCUAGUGUUCAAAAGCAGCAGACCUGAUCUGCCUCUGAGGGUCAGUCUUACUUCAAUGCAGAUGAAAAACCAGGAGCUGGAAAAAAACCAAGUGGAAAACACAAAAGUGAAAGAUCCGUCUGAUCUGCUGGACCAGCAGAGAUGCCUGCUUGCUCUGGCCUCUCUGCGCCAUGCCAAAUGGUUCCAGGUCAGAGUGAGUGGGAAGAGAUCCUGUCUCAUAGUUUUGCGGAUCCUCAGGGAUAUAUGCAACACAAGGCCAAUCUGGGUACCUCUUAAAGGAUGGCCAGUUGAGCUUAUAUGUGAAAAAGCCUUUGCCACAAGUUACAGGCCACUGGGGCCGAGUGAGACUCUGAGACGAGUCUUGGAAUGUAUUUCCUCGGGCAUCUUCCUGCCAGGUGGACCUGGACUACAUGAUCCAUGUGAGAAAGAAGAGGUAGACACAUUGUCAGCUAUGACAAAUGAUCAGGCCGAACUUCUUACCUACACUGCACAGCUUGCGUUACGGCUUCUAGCGUUCGGACAGAUUCACAGGUUCCUAGAGGUGGAUCCUCUUCCUGCAGCUAAACCUGCACUGGAACCAAAAUUACCAGAUGGAGAAGGGACAUCUCAGAAAAGACUCAAUGAUGUAACUGUGGACGAAACUAAAGGCAAAAGGAUCUUCUCAGGGACUGCUGCAGGCUUAUUAACAUCGGAUGGCAAAUCGGAUUGUAAGGGAAAAGUGGAGACUCUGUCCAAAAGCUCUGGUAAUAAAUCCACACAUGGCUCUUCAUCAACCAAGGUUAAGGUUCAGGGCCCCGUUCUCACAGCCAGGGGCAAAAACCCAGUGAUGGAGCUAAAUGAGAAAAGGAGAGGCCUAUCGUAUAACCUCAUCACUGAAAAUGGAGAGAACCAACAACAACGCUUCAUUAUUGAGGUGGAAGUGGAUGGAAUGAGGUUCAGAGGAUGUGGACCUAACAAAAGGGUAGCAAAAGCAAAUGCAGCCUUGGCAGCAAUAGAAAGGCUUUUUUCAGCACACAAUGCAAACAGCAAUAAGAGGAAGAGGCCAUAUCCAAAAGUGACUUCAUCUGCUGUAAAUGGGCUUUCCAGAGCCAAGAGGAAUGUUACAAUGCCCAGGCCACUACUUCCUAUUUUUCCUCCAGCUCCUGCUUACUUUACACCAAGCUUUACCCCGUAUGGUUAUGGUCCUGUGGUGCCUCCACCACACGGUGCUGUGUAUUUUGACGGUACUGUUUGCCCUCCGCAGACCAUCACUCCUGUUUUUCUUCAUAUGGGAGCGCAGGAUUUCUGUCCUGAUUUUUACAUCUGAUGUUCUGUCUUAAGUGGGCUGCAGCUGUGUGUGGCCUGACUGGAAUCGCUAUCAUUUUUACUCAACACAGGGUCAUUUUCUGGUACUGAGGAAACUUUCCUUGUUUUAGCAUGGAUCAGUAAUAUCCUCUGUUAAACUCAAGGAAACUCAAGACAUAAAUGCAAAAUGUGGUUUGCAUUUAUGCUGCAUUUAUAUGGUGUUUGUAAAUACAGAUUUUUCACAGUAAGCAAUAUUUUAUCAGGGCUAUUGGCAAUAAUGAAUUAGAUGCACUGCUGAUAGGCUACAGACAAUAUUCCAUAAUGCUGAAAGUCCAAAAUUUACGGUAUAUUUGUAUUUGAAAUGAAUAAUAUUGUAUUUAUAUUAGGGGAAAAAAAUGUUCACAAAUGGAGUGCAGUGUAAUUUAGUUCUUUCGUCCAUACCGUGGCACAUACUUAAUCCAACACCAUGUUAUAAGCUAAAGGUAUGCACGUAAAUGCAAAUAGUUACAUAUGCAUACAGUGUUUUAUAAUAAAGGCUGUACAAAUAUUUCUAUGACAAUUAAAUUGUGGUUGAAAUGUGUUGGAUGUGUUCAUGUAACUACUGUAUUCACAUAAUGACUGUAUAACAUCAUUAAACAGCAUUUUCAUUGUC